AUGACCAAGCUCUACAGCAGUCAAGACCCCGAGGAGACAAAAGACGAAGUCAACCGCCUCCAACUCCAGCAUGAGCUCAUCGAAGCAUUCUGUAACGGGCUCGUCAAAGCCCCGAUUGACCUGACCCGUGCAGGCCAGCGGAUUCUCGACUCAGCAACAGCCGACGGCUACUGGAUGAGACGCAUGCAAACCAUCAUGCCCCCAGGGACCGAAUUCGUCGGUUUUGAUAUUCUUCCCGUCGUCCAACACCCCGGCAACCCCUUCCCCCCACAAAUCAAAACCGUCCUGCGCAGCGUGCUAGACCCCUUCCCAGCCGAAUGGACCAACGCCUACGACCUCGUCCACCAGCGGCUGCUCCUAGUCCUGUUCUCCGACGAGGAAGUAGCUCGCAUCCUGCAAGGCCUCAUCUCCUGCGUCAAGCCCGGCGGCUGGAUCCAGCUCUUCGAGGGAAGCGGCAAACGCCUGCAUGACCCGCGCGCGAAAUACUUCGGGACGUUCUACGAUCUGGCGGCGAGGAAGCUGCAGAAUAUCGAGGUGGGGGCGCGGCUGGGCGAGUCGCUGCGCAAGGCCGGAUUGGUGAAUAUCCAUCAUGAGACGGUGGAUUUUAAUAUCGGGUGCUCGAAUCCGGAUAGGGAGUUGGGGGCGAAGGGGGCGGAGAAUAUCCUUUCUAUUAUUCACAUGUGGCAGAAUGAAACUGGCAAGACGCAACUGACGGUAGCCAGUCGCGAGGAGAUCGGGCUCUCCGAGGAAGAAUGGGAGAACUUGGGCCGGCUCGCCCUGCAGGACAUGAGGACGUACAGGACGGAGAUGCGGUAUCAUAUUGUCUGGGCGCAGAAGCCGGUAGCUGGUCUUUAG